AUGGAGUAUACGAAGUGGGACUGGGAGAACUUCGCUAUGUUCGGUUCAAAAGCUAGUGAUAGCCCCAAGAAGGUGCAAUCAGCAGACUGGAUGGUCAUGGAUGAUGGGGAAAUUUCGUUCAAUUUGUCUGGGGGCGGCGGGAAUAGUGGUGGUUCUGGUUCGGAAGUUGGGCAUCGUUCUUCAGCUAAGUGCUCAAUAUCAGCUUCUACAGAUUCUUUACCUAAGGACGGGAUGAAAAUUCCCAAUUUUAAGUUUGAGGCAUUCGAGAGCUCUGCUGGAGAUUUUGGCAAGAACAUUGAAAGCACCAGAAAUGAGGUGUCUGGAACUUCAUUAUUGGAAACUUCCGUGGGCUCUGCAGAACCGCUGAUUGGUCUGAAACUCGGGAAGCGAAUGUACUUUGAGAACAGCAGUGCUGGAGGCAGUGUCAAGAGUGCAUCCUUUACUGUGGUUCCUACUUCAUCCACCUCUAUAACAAAGAAAUCAAAAUCAUCUGCUCCAAAUGGGCCUAUUCCACGCUGUCAAGUCGAAGGCUGUAACAUGGAUCUUUCCGCAGCAAAAGAUUAUCAUCGGAAGCAUAGAGUUUGCAACAUCCAUUCAAAAUGCCCAAAGGUUAUUGUAGGAGGUCAUGAGCGUCGGUUUUGUCAACAGUGUAGCAGGUUCCAUGGUGUGUCAGAAUUUGAUGAAAAGAAGCGAAGCUGUCGUAGGAGACUUUCUGAUCACAAUGCACGGCGCCGUAAACCACAACAGGAAUCUAUCCAGUUUAAUUCAGGAAGGCUCACCUCGCCGUUCUAUGAUGGCAGGCCACAGAUGGAUUUUUUCUUGAACAAUGCUCCACUUAUUCACUCUAGAACGGCUACAAAUUCAGCCUGUGGUAGCACCUGCAGCUCAAAAUUUACACUAACAGAAGUGUUUCCUUCAAAGCCUGACAAAGCUGGAGGCCUUGAUGGGCAAGUGCACGUGCCAGGAAUUCAGCCGCCACAUACCAUUAGUAUGCAUGAUAACGUAUCCAAUGGCUCCACAUCCGAGGUUUUAAAUCCAGGUUUCAAGGGAUCCAUCUUCUCGUCCCAUUUAGAAGCAGCACCGGAGUACCGUUGUGCUCUCUCUCUUCUGUCAAGAAAUUCCUGGGGUCCAUGUGAGCCUGAAUCCAUUAUACUAAACAACCCUAUCAACGAAAGUGGCACCAGCAUGCCUCAGCCUGUAAUGCAUGCAAUCCCAGAAGGCUUGCCCCUCACUUCUGCAGAAUUAUGGCAGACUGCACAGCUGCCGACUAAUCCCCUUCAUUGCAUUCGGUCUUUGAGCAUUAGAACGUUUGAUAUUAAGGCCAUAUCAACAAUUUUGAUUGGAGCAGCAAUGUUUUCGGAGAAUUAA